AUGAUGGAGCGUCUCCCUCCUCCCCUCUUAUCGUCUCUCCUGGCUUUUGCGGUGAGCGACUAUCAUGAAGAGAUAACCCCUUACAAGCGCACGCUCCCACUCGAAAGACUCCUGCCGCUCGCACUGGUCUGCAAGUGCUGGCGCCACCUCAUCCUUGACGUGAUCGCUCGGUCUCAGGCGUCCACUUUCACUCUUCGCUUUUCAUCUGGCACUCGUGCCGAAAUUUGUGAAAUGCGUCGGCACAUUUCCCAACGAGGACCCCUGAUUUUAGACUUGACUAUCCAGAUGGGGGCUAUGCCAUCUCGUGGGGAGGAGGACUACUAUUUCAGUACAUUGGUCCCGUCAUCAACUUGGCCUGUAAAGGAGUUUCAGAUGGAUUGGGACGUUGUGUUUGCUCGUCUGCCAGCUCUCCAGAGACUCCAUUUAUCAGGAAAUAGGUUAACAAGUAAACAAGUGGAACGAAUUCUAAAAAGUGCAGCAACGUACUGCAAACAUGUCGAGGCAGUCGUGCUCGCUGAAGCAAAUGUCAUGCUGCAAGGACGGCUGGGAUUUGAAUUUAUUUCUGAUGCGCUAUGCGCUGCUAUGAAGACGUGGUUCUCUAGUGGAGCUUAA